GGUUUUCCUUUUGGAUAUUUCCCCCGGAGAGUGAAGGAGAUAGAUGAUGCUAAUGGGAAGUUGUCAGUGGUGGAACAAGCAAGGACGCCCGACAAGUGCAUACUUCUUCUAGUGUCUCUGCCCUGCGCACCAGAGCUGUUGCCCAGACCGGACUGAGGAGCCGCUGCAGUGCGCCAGAUCCUACUGUUGUUCUUUACUUGGUGUGUGAUGUUCUUGCCAGUGCCGCAAGUCAAACAGGCCGACGAUAAAGUGCACAUCCCCACGUUGCCGUCUCCUUACCGGGUGUUGUUGGGGAAGGCGUUUCUUUUGGUCGGCAGUCUUAGCUGUCCAGAACUCUUUCUUCCUCCCGUUGCAACGCGAAUCGUGCUGUCUGUUCCCUCAUGUCUCUUUACGGCUAUCCUAGCGAGCGACGGAAGUGAACGGACUGCCCACCAGCUCCAACGCGCGUCCAAACUAGACUUCUUCGUCCGGGAGUGCUCUUACCUCCAGUUCGUUGGCUUGUGAGUUCGUGGCUCUUCCGUGCCCACUCGUCUCUCUCGUGGAGUACCCACCUUCCGUCACGUGCAAUUCCCCUCACGCUUAGUUUCCCUUGUUUUUGACUCACCCGCCACGGAGGGGGUGUCGGUGACCCGAAGCUUCAUCGUGUUUUUGUGUGGUAGCUCUCUGUAGUCCGAGACAAGCGCCUGCAAAGUAUUCGUUAACGCCUGUGGCCCUACCCAGUUCCAACUCAGUGAGGAAUGCGUGCUUGUGCGCCUUCCCGAACAGUUUACUGGGUUUGCCCACCAGCCGCACUGCGGAGUGAACCCGUUCUCCCCAGAGCGACGUUGUUUGUCAGCAGCCCGUCGCGGCAAAAAUUCGACCUCAGAAAAAACCUUUUUUUCGCACUUGGCGUCCUUCAUAGGUGGCUGUGUCUCCCCUCGCACUCGCCUCCCGCCUCCGUUUCGUGGUCUCCACCCUUCCGGUUGCUUUCCUCGUCCACUGCAGUCGUCUCAGUCAAUGCGCCUAACCAAUUUGUCCUCUUGUCCUUCUUCAAUGUCUCCAAUUUCCGUUUUCCUAUGUCCGUUUCCCCAUUCCGUCUUCUAACGCGUUUCCGUGAAGACACUUGCCUGCGCUCGAACAUGGCACGUGACGUCUAAUUGUACCCGCACUUUGCCUCAUGUGAACGUGAAACGCACUGUCCCCUAGUUACUCCCAGCCAAGGCUUUCGGCCAUUCGUAGACCCUUCCCCGGCUGCGCGGCCUGAGACCGAUAUGGCUGGAUUCUGCUGCCCGACCUUCAAGCAAUAGAAGACGAAACAGAUCCAGAGAGGCCCCACUGCGACAGCCACCUGCCUGGUGCAGCAGAAUCGUCUCUUAGAUUUGCGUGUCUCUGUCGAGAGGAGGUGGCGGAACCGCGUUUCGCGUUUCUGCUGGCUACAAACCGGAUGUCUGUUGUGGUGCGUGCUUUCCGGUUUCUCUGGAGAGUAUCUUUUCCAUCCGCUGGUUGUCUCGUGUACGAAAACACCGCUACCUAUUCAGAGUGUGUGUCCGCUUUCAACAAGUCUUUCUGUCGCGUUCUUUGUGAAUCCACGCACGGCGUCCAUCGCCGGUGCAUGCAGUGCCGACCCUUCUGCUCGAAUUAUUCCGUGCCAAUUUGUUCGCUUGUCUUGGUGUCAGGAAUCCGUCCACCCUUCUGGCGGAGGCCUCCUCACUGACGAUAUUCACGGCGGCUGCCGUCAGAAGUGGAACAUAAAAACAUUCGCCGUGUCGCGAUUCGAUCGAUUCACUGUCAAACUCUCUUCAAGUUGGGUGAAUAUACGUACACUCCGUCCCGGGCACCGCUGGCCCUGUUCCACGCCGGCCCGCCGUCCUCCACGCGCAAGUGCAUCGCCAGCCCACACCGGAGUUUUCUCUGUCGCGGCCGUCUCCGACCUUGAGUGCUCACUUUGCGAAUACUUCCGGUCACCGUGGCUGGCGAGCCUGUCCGUUCGUGUCCGGUGCAAACACGGCAGCUUCGUUUAGAUUCUGUAGCAGGCGCGUCUCUCCAGCUCCCCAGCAGACCCGCACAGCUCCGCGCGGCCAGCCUUGUGGCUCUGCUCUCGCUCUCUUUCUGUCCGUCAAAGGAGAGCAGACUCGAGGAGCCCACGCGUCGUUAGCCCACACUCAACCUCUCUGUCAACACGAGGAUACCUGACACGACACAGUUCGCCGAGGACCUCACACGAAUCGCGCGCCUGCGUUCGAGGUGCCGAAGCUUCCACGCUCUCUCUGUAGAAGACUCACUUGUGUCCAGCUGUGCAGGUUUGGCUGAGCAGCAUCUCCCCUGCGAGUUGGCCUGCCUUGAACAUCCGCAGAGUGAAAUAGAAGGCGACAGAGGCUGCGGACUGCGCGCCUCCUGCGCGCUGUCGCUGUUCCAGGACUUCCCCUGUCUGCUUGGGUCAUGAGGCGGCGCGGGAGAAGCUGAGCUGCCGCGUGGGCGCCACUUGAGGGGGCGUAGGCCCUCGCGCGCCUUCGGAUCGUUCUCUUCUCCGUCGCGCCCUCGGGGUCUCUGGAGGUCGACAGAGCAAGAAGGAGACAUAUCCGGCGGCACGCGCAAACGAAACGCUCGAAGAGUGAAGCAGCCUCUUCGAGUCCCGGACAACGCAGAGCCUUUGCCUGUCUACCAAGGCCGAGUGCGGAUUCCCAACACCCUUUCUCGUCGCUGCAGGGAGGCGAAGAAGCGAGCGCGUCUCGCUCCCAGAUCUUCUGUAUCCAGAACAAGGAGAGGACUCAGUCCUGUCUAGAGUUCCGUCGCGUCCACGAGUUUCAAGAGGAAGAGCGACAGCGACGAACCAUCGUCGUCGUUCCCUCUUCUUGUGCAAAGAACGUCCGAGAACCCCUCCAGCUUCGAACUGGGAAAACUUGGUGUCCGCGAGUAUUCCAGUGCAGGGCGCUGGCAUCUCUGAGACGUUGGCUACAUCGCUCUCGGGUGCGAUCCAUCGGGCGCAGGCCGAGUCCUUGCACUGGUGGUUGUGUAUGCGCCUUAUCUUCUCUGUUCCGGUGUUCAAACGGCGCCAGGCGCCUCGCAAAAACGCAGCGGCGUCGCUCGAGGCCUUCCGGAGACAGCUGGGGCGGGACCCUGACACUCAAGCUGGACGACACAGAAACGGAGAGAGACGCCAAGACUGACUGGCAGGUUCGUGCUGCGUCGGGAUUCUUACGACGCAUGCGGUGGCUCCUCGGACGUGUAUCGAGUUCCCCGUGACCUCGCGCUCGGCCUUCUCUGCCAGCUGACGGUGCCUGUCAGGUAUCGCUGCAGGCCCAGUCGGCUGAUUGCUGCGUCGAUUGUUGCCACCGCGGCUCACCGAAAGAGACAGGGAAACGAAGUGAGAAAAGAGUCUCUCUCUUCUCCAGAGCUCCCCUCAUCGUGGCCAAAAUGCAGAACGAGGCCCUCGCGCGCGGCUCCUUGCCGUGUCCGCCCAGACACAAACCUGCAGGCUUCGCGGCGUGCGAGGGCGCAGCCCAAGAAGACUUGGCAGCCCCAGACAGCACAGGCUGCAGUCAGGCAUCUGUGUCUACGCUCUCGACAACCGCGGCGACGACGGCCUCGCCGGUGACUGAUCACCUUGGCAAUCUCUGUGCGUCUGGCGUCUCUUUCUCUCCGCCUCCCAGCCGCCCCUUCCUCCGGGUCGACGGUUCGUCCAGCAUGCCUGCAUGCUCUCUGUCUGCGGCGCCGGGCUGCGUCGAAGGCUGCGCCUCUGGCCUCACCAGCCCCGUCACUCAGCGCCUCCUCUUCCCGCCUUUCUCUGCGUCGCGCCUACCCUCGAGGGAGGGGGCAACGUGCGCCUCCGCGACUGGCGAACUGGGCGCUCCACCUGGGAAGGCCAGGGAAGAAGGCGGGGCAUGCCACUUCGAACCUGGCGAGCGCGGCGGUCUUUCGACUCCCGUACCGCCUUUGACUGAACCUCCAGCGUUUGCGGUGAUGCAGGCGAACCGGGUGUCUCAGGAGCGGCCCUUCUCGUUUCACCCUUACGGCGAAGCAGGUCGGCGGGACCUGGUCGCGGCCCUCCCUUGUCAGGCUUCUUCCUCUGCCUUCCUCCCCUUUGCGGAUCGGCCAGGACUCGUGCAGAUGGCCGGCGAGGUGUACGUACAGCCCACCUUCGCGCCCGCUCGGCUCCCGCUAGCCACGCCGAACAGGCCGGCCGAGGUGGGAGAGGAGAGCGCGCAUGCGACGCAGGCGACGCACGCGGGGCCGCCUUCGACUGUUGAAGGAGACGGAGCAGCGGUCGCUGCUUUGGCUGAAGGUCGUCAGGCGGGCCGCUUGCAAGCGUCACUGGGAGCCGCCGUCUGUCAUCCCCCGCAGCCGGGCUUCCAGCCCCCGGGGCUUCCUCCCCAUGUUCCAGGGCAGACGACCCAAGGCAGUGGUUCUUUCUCGUCGUUUUCGUCCUUUGCGCUGCCCCGCCCCGAUCCGUCGGUUGGCGUGCGCGGCGAGGGGCGAGGCGAGCAGGAGGACCUCGGUUCCGGUGUACGUACACCGUCGUCGGUUCUGCGUUCGUCAUCCCGGACGUCGAGCGGCCUCGCCACCCUGCGGUCUUCGUCUGUCGCCCUCAGAGGCGUCCAGGGCUGUGCGCCAAGCGCCGCCUUCCAAGAGGUGGGCUGCCUGAGGCACGCACCGUGUCUGUCGCCUUCCCUCGCGGUUGGCAGCAAAGCCGUGGCUUCGGCGCCCUUUCCGAAAGGCGCCGAAUCCGGGGCCGCGGGUCCCGGGUCUGCGUACCCCCCGUCGGCUUCGCUGCACCCGACGACCGCAGGGUCCUGCGGCCCACAGCCGGUUCAAGGUGCCCCGUCUGCAUCUGCGCCUGCGUCCAUGGCCUCCGGAACGCCGCCACUCUUCGUUCCUGCCUCUGCUCCUUUCUCUUCCGUGUGCACCUCGGGAAGCGACCAGGCCGGCUCGUGCGGAUUUCCUCCGUCGACAACGAGUCGCUCGGCUUCCGGUCACCCGCCGGGCGUCUCGCCGUCCUUUGGCCUAUACCCGCCUUGUUUCCUUUCCAAACUCUCUCCUUCCGCAGCCGCCAAUCCACUUCCUCCGCACCUGCUCCUCGCUCAUCCGCCGGGCUCCGAGGCGACGGUCCCCCUGUCUGCCUCUGGCGCGUCUCUCGCCCAAUCCGCUGCUCCCGCGCCCCCCUUUCUCCCUCCUCCGUCCUUCACCGCAACGCUUGCUCCGCCGAACCUCCCGGCACCUUCUCCCGCUUCCUCUGCGCACGCCCCACAUGCACUCCGCGCCCAGUUCCCUCCUGCGCCGAUUCAGAACUCGCCCCCUGCUGGCCCGCCGAGCCUGCCCGCGGCUUCUGCGCGCCCGGGUGUAUGUACACCCGGCGGGCCGGAGCACGCUGCCUCAAGUGCCUUGGGGACGCCAGGGCCUGCGACAGGUUUGGCGACUUCCCUGCACGUGGGGUCGAGCGUUGCAGCGGUGUGGAGUGCCUUGUGCAGCGCGGGUCUAAAUCCAGGCUGUGACUUGUGGCAUGCGAAGCAGGUCCUCUGCCAGCGGGAGUCCCGCCCUCUCCGACUCAGUCGCUUCGAAAUGGUGGAGGCUUACGCGAAAUCCACCCUCUGUCUGUCCUGCGACUCAAUGGAACAUAAAAUCACCAACUGUCCCUUCGGCGAGUUCGUCUGCCCCAACUGCCACAGAUCGUCGCACCGCGGCGAGCACUGCCCCCUCCCGUGCAGGUUCUGCUUCGAGUGCCACUCUGGCAUUUCUGUGAACGAAUGCAUCCGGCGGACUGUGCGGCAACCCCUGGAACGCCUCUUGGGCGUGAAGAUGCCUUUGGACGCGGCGCUGUGUCGGGCGUCGGGCUCUUCGCCGUUCGCCUCUUCGGUUGGUGACGGCGGAAAAGCUAAUGGCCGGUGGACUGUCGACGAUCUGUCGCUGCACGUAGCUGACAGACCCAACACAGCGCAUGGCCGAAGCGUGUAUGUCUCCAACAUGGUCCCGGGAACGACGAAGGAGGCGUUGCGGACCGCGAUCAAUCUGCUGCUCGAACACGGCUGUGUCCUGUCUGUGGAGAUGCGGGAGCGGAGCAAUCUGCAGCCGUACGCGUUCGUCGAGCUGUCUACGCUUCAGGCCGCCUACGAACUCGUCCAGCAGAAGAAGACGGCUCUGGUUAUCCGCGACCAACAGCUCAAGGUCCAGUUCAAGAAGAUCGGUCUCACCUGUACCUCCACCGCGCGGCUUCGACUCACGUCUGACGCGUCCCACAUGGGUCUCGAAGACGACGCCGGCCACGGCAAACCCGGCGUCUCGGGUGUAUGUACACCCGAAACUGGCCGGGACAGCGCGACCAGCGAGGCGAGCGUGGAGCGGGACCGCGCGCAGCUCGCGCAGGUGCUGCUGCAGAGCACCGAACCGUUUCUCCCCACCGGCCAGUCUGUGCAUGAAGUUUGCCGCCUGGUCGCGGUGAAACUCGCGAAGGACUACGGCCUCUCCUCGCCGCUGCUGCUCGACGCGGUGCCCUCCGCAUUCUUUCCGCGAGGCCCUGGAGCCGCGCAUGCGCUCCCCUAUUACCACCUGCAGAACUCCCUGAACGCGGCCCACCCGCAGGUCUUCGCCUCUUGUGUGUCUCGUGAAGAAACACCUGGCGAAGACCGUUUCGGCCGGGUCCCCAGAGGAUCUGUCGGAUCUCUCGGCGGCCAACCCCGCAACGAGUUUGGUGAGAAACAGGGCCCCUUCCCUUCCGAUUCUCCCUUCUCCUCGGCUGCUUCUUCCUCUUCUUUCUCCUCGUCGGCGGGGGCUCCCGGCGUGCGAAGAGUUUCGGAACAGGCGGGGCGUCAAAGCGACCCGCUGUCUCUGAGUGGAGGCAGCGGCCGGGGGAGUCUGACGCACUUCAGGGCUGGACAGGAGCCGGUGCCGGAGAGCUCCGCUGCUUCCGCUGCGUGCGGGCUCUCCAGUGCGCUCUCGGGUGUACGUACACCGCUGGAAACGAGUGCAAAUGCCCACUUCUCUUCUGGCGGCCACCCUCUUGAGCGUGGGGCCGGCGACGCUGGAGGCGCGGAGACCCAGGGCCGCUCUGAAAUGUCUCUGUCCGACUCUUUGGAGAGGCAAAGCAGUCGCACCGAGAUUGCGGGGCAGAGCCUCGGGAUGCCACGACCCUCUCGGGAAGUCCCAUCGCGGUUCUGGGGCGCUGACGACGGCGGGGCGCUCUGCUUGAGCGACCUGGAGACCGAGAAUCAACGAGUGCACGACGGCGACAGGCUAGGUCCCCGCACCGUGACCGGGUAUCCAUAUCCGCCGUUCCGAGCCAAUGGGCAAAACCGCGAGGAAGAAACCCGCAGGCGGUUUGACGCGGAGUUCCUGCCGGCGCACCUCGGCGCCACACUCGCAGAGGGCUCGAAUAGACACCAACUUGCUGUCCACGCUGACCGCGGAGACACUCAGCCAGAGCGGCGCGAGGCGCUCGGAAGCAUUCUGGGCCGGGACGCGGACCGACGGUGCGAAGCUGCCAGACAAGGCCAGCGAGACGGGAACAGAGACAGUUUGAGUAAAGGGUAUGGGGAGGCGCAAGGCAAGUGUGGAGAUGAAUGUGGAACUGCAGGCGGAUCUUUGAACAGAACCCGGUACGCCUGCGAUGGCGAUGAGAGCCCACAGAGAUCGACAAGCCGUCACGAUGUAGAUGGUGGGUGUCUUGCGGCUGCUGCGAAGAACGGGGUGUCGAAGACCAGUCUCACCGAGCACGAGUUCCUCAGCUUGAAAGGCUGCAUCGAUGGAAACGUCGCGUUGCAGGUCGGCUUUGGAGUCUCAGGUUCUUCGUGGGGACGCAUCGAAGAUCGAAAACUGGAAGGCGACGCGUCUCUCUCCUCAUUCGCAUCCGCGCCCUCUGCUUUGCUGUCGGCGCCCUCGACAUCGGGCGUCACACCAGCGGGAGGCGCCCCCCACCUGGGAAGAGAUGCAGGGAGCGAGGCUCCCAGCCGCCAGGUGUAUGCACACCCGACGCCGGGGGUCGCCCCGCUGUCUGUACACCCCAAGGACUUUGCAGACGUUUGCGAUGGGCAGGGGGAACGAGGAAUGCCUGCGAAUGAAGGUCUUCAGGAGUUCUCUGCGGGAGACAGGCCUGCUGCGUUUCAGGCGCGCGUCGCCUCCGGGUGCGCAAAUUCUGUCGCCAGGUGCCCAGGGCUCCUGCCACCUGGCCUUUCUCCGCUUUUCGGCCGUCACGAUGUGGAACAUCUCCAGCGUCGAGGUGCGAGCUGUGAAGGCCGGACAAGCAGUUUCGAUGUCGAGGAUCUCUCUCGACAACGCACUUCGUCUUUCUUCUCUUCUCUCUUUUCCUUUUCUGAAAAUGAAGGGAGCGGCCUCGCCGAGGCGCGGAGAAUGGAGACGACCGAAACGGUUGCGGAGCUCCUCGGCUCGGCCGACGACGGCAGACAGGAGGCGCAGAGAGAAAAGCGAGAAGACGAGAAGGGCCAGCACACCCAUGGUUCACGACAGAGAGGGAAAGGAGAAGCAGAGAUUCCAAAAUGUGGAGACCCGGACGCAGAGACUGCGAGAGAGCAAGGUAUUACGUCGCGCUCCUCUUUGUUUCUGUCGUCGUCUGCAGGCAGUACGCUGUCGAGCGCAAGCGGAGGGGCGGGGACAACGCCUGGGACGGCGAACGACACACCCCUCUCCUUUGUGUCUUCUUCCUCGAGUUCCUCUGCCUCUUCUCUCUCCAGCUCGCUCGCCUCGUCGCUGUCGUCUGGGCCGAUCCUGACGGCGUCCUCGCCGCCGAGUGGCGGAGGACGUACACCCCAGCAUGACGUAGAUGGUCUGGCCGCGUUUUCGGGUGUCAUGACACCUCGACGGUUGAGCGAAGACCCGGCGGUGGCCUUGGCGGCAGAGCCGUCGCAGCCGCAGCCUGUUUCUUUCCUUUCUUCCUGGGGCGGGUGGAUGACGCGGAGCCGAGAUAGCGAUCCGUCUCGGGUGGACGCGACGAUUUACGCGAAGGACGAGCACCUGUGCGACUCCACUCGGCGCCUCUCCUCGAGUCUCUCUUCUCUCUCCUCUUCGUUUUCUUCCUUCGCCUCUCCCCUGUCGGCUUCUCACGCUUCGCACACCUCAGCCUGCCUCUCUGCACCCGACGGCGGUGCCCAGCGCGCAUCCCUCACAAACGACGGGACUCUUUUCGGAGGAGGCAGCAGCGGAGACGCGGAGGCAGGUCCCUCCGAGGGUCCUCGCCAAGCUGACAGCGGCCGCCCCUGUCUCCACGAAGCCUCGCGAGAGACUCUCAGUGCCCGAACUCGCGGGUGUGCGCCUCCGGCCGGCCCGCGCGCGUGGGAAGAAGAGAGCAAGAGAGAGACGAGAGACGACACAGCCGGAGACGCAGGAAGAGACAUGCGACGAGAGGGAGACGCGCGUCUGUUUCGGUUCCCGUUUCUCGCCAGAAGCGAAACAGAGGCCGCGGCGGACUUCGCUCCGGGGCCCUCGUGUGGGGUUUCGCCUUUCAGUUCCGAGAGAGGCGCGCUCGCGCGGGGGAGCUCGCUGACGCUGCCGCUGUCUCUGAGCACUCGAAGCACAGAGGAGGAAGACGAAGGUCGAGAGCCCGAGAGAAGAACAAAGCUGAAAACUGGCGAGAAGGCCUGGAUGCGCAGCUCCUCUGCCCGAGAAGCCAGUGAAACUGAGGUGGACGCGAAUUCGACCCUCGUGCCGCUCUCGCAGACUUUUGCGAAAUCGCGUGAGGAAAGGUUUCGACGCGAAGAAGAGGGAGGAGACGGCAACGCCCUCAAAAAGGGCGGGACCGUCGACACCGCGACUGUACGGACAGGGUCUCCGUCGUUGUCCUCGGCUUCUACGGCGUGUCUCCGGAAGCAAGUCGAAUUCAAAUCUGUAUAUGCAGAGGGCCAAAGCCGGUCGCUGCGCUUCUGUCUCGCGACGGCGGAGGCUCUCGCAGCGCGCGACGAGGAAGCCUCUCCCUUCUUCUUCUUUCCUCUCUCUCAAACACCAGUGGAGGCCCCUGCUUCCACAGCGACAGACGUAUCUGGCCUGUUAGAAGGAAAAGACGCGAGAGCCGGACGAGCAGAAGCGACGGCAAGAAACGGAGAGAGAUUCGAAGGGGAGAGAGGCGCGUGCUGGCCUGGCGAGGGUCGUGAGGCUUCGGCGGCUUCGCUGCUUCUGAGGAGCUUCGCAAACUCAACUGAGGAGCCGGAGUCACUGCCUGUCUCGUCUUCGUCGCUGUUUCCAGCGGGGAGAGAAAGCACGAGUUCGCUGUUGUUGUCUUCUGCGGGGGGCGCGGAAGCGAGAAGACUCGGGGCUCCAGAAAAAAGCUGCGAACGAGAAGAGGCGCCUCGGUCUCCGGAGGGGGACGAGCAUCCGACACUCUCCCAUCUCGCGGCCCAUCAACAGGGUCUGCCUCCGCUUGUCGGCGCUGGUCUGGACUCGUCGCUGGGGGUUUCCUUUCCUCCUCUUUUGUCGCCUUCCUCUCCAUUGUUGAGAUGCCAGCAGACAGGCGAGCACUCGAUUUCCUCACCAGAGGAGAAGGCUGCCCGCUGCGGCUCCGGGCGGACUGCGGAUGGCCAGGCCGCGGCGCGCCGGGGACAGCAGAGGGGCGAAGAGACGCCUCGGAACGGAGGCGAACACUCCGGCGAAGCGGCGGCGCAGCUUGCGAGCUUCUCAUUGCAUGCAGCUACGCCUUCCGAAAAGGACAAAAGGAGUAGAUUCAGAGACGACGGGGGCCGCAUCCACCGCCGGGAAGGUCGAGAAGAAGCCUCGCAGAAGCUGGAGAGGAGAAGGGAGGGCGACGCGACGUCCGGCGACGAGGAGACGAAGGGGGAGGAGACGCGCGAACGAGGAGAGGCGCGAGAAGCGGAGAGAACUGGGAACUUCUCAACCGAGAGAGAAGCGAAGUUUGAAGACGCGGAAGAGCGGCCUGCGUUAUCAGGGUGGCAGACUCAGAGGACUUCACUGCGGGAGAGAGAGGAAGCUGCGCUGUCUGUCGACUUUGCCUCAGCGUCUGGAAAGGGUGCCCCGUGGAGGCGAGAACAGGGCGAGGACUCAGCGCGAGGGUCUGUCGCGGUGAAGAAAGGCCAGGUCGCAGGUGACGAGAAUGCGUUUCUGCUGUUCACCAGCCAGGAGCAGGAACGGGAGCGCGUUGUCUGUGCCGAGGACGAAAGGCAGAGAAUCACCACAAAGGUGGCUCGCGAGCGCGAGGCAGAAGGUGAAAGAGUGAGGAAGGAAUUGGCAUCCGAGAAGGCGAGAGCACCGAACGAUGCAGGGAGUCCCGGCUCGUCCCCUGAAGGAGGGUGUCAAGUCUCAAAAGACGCGAAGGCAGAGGAGUGGAAUGCGAAAACGGGAAGCGGAGGCAUCUCCUUGACUGCGACAGUGGGAAUGAAGACCGGAAAAGAGACCCUCGAGGCCCGGGGGUGUCUCUCGCGUUCGUUCGCCGGCGGUGAUGUCUCCAGAGACACCGACUUUCAGAGUUUGAGGCAGAAGGCUGGGACGAAGAAAGAAACAAAAAGCGAGAAGUGUCUCCCUCGCUGUGCUUCCCUUGUCGCAGAGGCGCCGAAGGCGACGGCGGGAGAACAGCUCUCAGACGAAAGCCGCAACCUGCGAGAGGAGCCGACACUGGAAAAGGCGAGAGAGACAAACGAGAUGAGGACAGAGGAGACAGUUGGGCAGUCUCCCGCGCAGGGUGGCGCCGCAGAAGGUCGAAGGAUAGAAAGGGAAGAGACCCUAGAGGACGGAGAAGAGAAGACGCGUCUUUGCGAAGACGGAUCGACGGGGGAGUGGAGACGAAACGAGAGGCAAGAGGAGGGACAGAAGAAAGAGGCAGAUGACGGCUUGGGGUCGAACGGGAAGGAUACCUCAAAAAAACAAGAGCCUGGAAGGGUCAAGACCGUGGACUUCUCUGGAGACCAUGGAAGCAACGUUGAUGUGGAGUCUCUUCUUGAGCGAAUUGACGGCAUUACGCGGCAACUACCCCCGUCUGUCCUCGACGCAGUUCUCUCCAGCCUGGCGUCUGCUCGCAGCCCCGCCGAACGCUGAGGCGCAGGCAUUCGGCUGCUUUGCUUGUUCUCUCGUUUUUGUUUCUGUCCUCCGUCGCCUCCGAACUGCGGGAAGGUGGCAGGUCCUUUACACUUUUUUCUCCUCGCUUCGUUUCAAUUCCACAUCCUCCUCUUACUCGACCAAUCUGUUUUUUGCAUGCAUAUGUACGUGAUGAACACUAAGUGUCUGUACAUAUGUGUGGACAUAGAGGCUUCACAAGUGGACAAAAGAAUGCAUGUGAGUACAUGUAAAAGUUUGUGUAUAUGUCUGGGCGCGGGUAUACGUAUCGGUGUAUGUAUAAAUGGAGUAAAGUGUCCAUGUUUGGACGUGGAGAGGAGUAGAUUUCCUUGCAAGUGACGGUGACAAGGCUGUGGAAGUGAAGGUGCGACAGUCUCAAGAAGAGAGCUGUCACGAGCCGUUCGACUGUUUCGGCUUUUGGGGGGUGUCUGCCGACGUGCAGACUUCUCGCGGAAUUUGUUCUAGAUUUUGGAAUACCCCCCGCGUCUUAUAUAAACAUCGAUUGUGUUCGGAAGUAUCUUUCUCCGGCGUCGCAAGAGACUGAAGAACAGCCUCUUGUUCGUGGCGAGGCGAGAUAGGCCCGCCUCGUCCCUUGGUCGACUUCCUCUUUUUACGUUUUCCACUGUCCCGGCUCUUGCCUUCUUCUUUUGUUUCUGUCUUCUCCCCUUGUCAUCCGUUUGACUUCCGUGCGACAGUCGGGGCGUGAUUCUGCUUGCUUCCUUUUCUCUUCGCAUCCGUCAUUUUUCCGUCUGUCCUGUCGCCCCGACCUCUACAUAGAAUGCCCCUUUCGGGGUGAGUACUUCGGGGUUCAGACUUCUCCGAAGUUGGAGUGUAGCGACGCCCUGGCUUCUGUAUGCGUUGAGAGGUGCAGGACGCGCAGGACAGGAACAGAAUGAGAGGAUCCGUGGUUUUAUUUACUGUCGAGUUCAACAUCGUGCAACAGAUAUGCCUAGGUGAUUGCCUGGGUGUGCCUCUCCGUGUUUGUCGCAUUCACUGAAACCCGACAUGUCGAUUCAGAUGCGAACACGAGGUGUACAUACACCCGGGCGCAGGUCCAGCACCGCCGGAUACAGCUGCAUCGAUUUCCAGUUGUGUGUCCAUCCUAGGAUUCACCGACCUCGAGUCCUGCAGCCACUGGGGAGACCGCCUGGCUCCCUUUUGAGUGUACGUUUUUCUGUGUGUGCUUAUCCGGCUGAAAAGGGCGCGUUACUCCUUUUCACCGCUGUUCUGUGAGGCCCGUCUCGCCUCGACGUUUGCUUUGUGACAGCGCGGAACUGUUUCCGUGUCCCGUUUUUCCGUGUCUUUGUUUUCGACGACGAAGUGUACGCGUCAGAUUCUUCCGCGUGUUUUACCAGUUCUACGCUGCUGCGACAGAACUCAGGCAAACCUCUCAUGUUUUGUCUCAUAUUUUAGGCGUUCCGCUUGGGGCGAAAGACAAAAUCCAGCGUGCCCAGAAUUGCACAGAGCGCCAAACGGGUUUUCCAGGUGUAUGCGCACCUGAGGUGACUGCCUCGGGCUCCUCAGGUGUACGUACACCUGGAGGCCGACAGGAGGCUUUUUCGUGGUCGGGCGUUGAAUCUUCACCCCGUCCCAGAAUGAUGCUUCUACGGUUUGUCCUUUUCAAUACGUUUUUCCUCUUUUGCUGUCUCCCUCGCUUACUGGUCUCGCUUCCGUGCCUGCCCCGCCGUUAUCCUUUCAUCUCGCCCUUCCCUUAGUUUUCCGGUUUUUUUCUCUUCCUGCCUGUCUCUGGCGUGGUGCCGUGGCGGCGGGCUGUCCUGCACAUGGACAUACAGAAGCGUGAGACGACUUUGAACAAUUUCUGCCGGAUUUUCUCUCCUCGCG